AUGUUAGUGCUGUUCGCAUAUGCCUUUGCAGUUGCUCUCCCCGGCCUCGCGCUAUUCCUUGCCGCAGACGUGAAGCAACGAAACGGUCUCUUAAGCAAAUUCGGUAUAGGACGGCGGCGACUUCAAAGUUCAUUCACUCCACCACAAGAUCUGUCGGCACAGGCGCAAGGUCUUCCACCAAAUGAGAAGCCUUCGUCCUCCCCAAGCUAUAAGGAAACUUUUCCGCCGAGUAGAAGACAUGUUCUAGCAGAGCUUCCUAAUGGGUCCUUGAAAGGCCCUGGGAAGUCAGGAGAAGAGCUUGGUCAACUGCCUCCGGAUUAUAGCAAGCUUACACCAGACAAGGAGACGGCCACAGUAACUCAACAUAAAGAUCAUGUCACAGCGACUGGAUUUACUGUUGAGGAGAUUGAACGAUUGGGCGAUUUCCCGGACUACGCAACACUCAGCGGGGUGCCAGCUCCAGAACCGUAUGAAGACUUUGAUAUCAACAAGGCUCUGCCAAGGCCAUAUCGUCCGUUCAGAUGGGCGUAUCAUCAGACUAUGUCACUCACCAAGCUCGAACCAGAUUGGUGGCUCGAACUUUACAAAGACUAUGCGGAUGUGAUACGACAACGAGAAGAGCUGUUUGAGACAUGGGGCCCUCGCGUCAUCCAGACUUUGCCAGGAUCUGAGAUUGCAGCAAAAGAGUUGAUGGAGAUGUGCCUUCAGUUCUUGUGUGCCCGAUACCCUCAAUGCUUCAGGCUGGAUUUGGAGAGCAUGGUCUUUCACAACAGUAUCCUGAAUACGCAGACCGAUCUGAAAUCGACACCACCGAUGCAUGUGCUCCUACACAACGUGCCAGAGGAUUUCGCCAUGAUGAUUCGAGACCCAGAGACUGGCAUAUACUCCUUCCGCGGCGGCAUUAUCAUGAGCAGUCUAGGCUGGGAUCUUGGCUCGAAAAUCGGCUUGAAGCUUCACGAGAUCCACGAACCAAUCCCUGACUACAAAGAGAAGAUGCAGUUCAGCAUGGACAGAUACUUCGCCAAGAAACCAACCGACAAGGCGAUCCAGCGAGGCUCCUGGGGACUGGAAAUCGACAGACCACUCUACAUGCCGCCAGGAGACUCGCACGAGCAACACCGCGAGCAGCAAAAUCCAAGCCACACUCUCGACCAAAUCCACCUGCGAGUCGACUGGCAGACUCUCCGAAGACUCCCUCUCUCAGGCGCUGUGGUUUUCAACUUCAAAGGCCUGUUUACGCCCAUCACCGAAUUCCGCGAUGAGCCUUACAUUCCCACGUUGAUACUGAAGGUCUUGCGAGAGGGCAAGAAGAACUUAAUGGAGUACAAGUCCACAUGGCAUACCGAGCAUGUUGCGAUUCCUGCGCUGGAGGAGUAUGAGAAGGAGCAGAUUGAGAAAGGGUUGAUGGAGAGGGAUUGGGAGCCGCAUACGUUGGAUGAGUCGCCGCUUUAUCCUGGUUGGGAGGAGAAGUGGCAUCGGCAGCAGGGGUUUUGA